AUGAUCAUUGCAUUGAUGAAUGAUACAUUUAAUAAAGCAAAGGAAGAUGGUAAUAUUGGACUUUUGUUAUUUAGAGAAGAACUUAUUCAUGAUUAUGAGAGUCUUGAUAAUCCUUACUUAAACAAAUUACUAUAUAAUGACUCAUUAUAUAUAUGUUUUCAUCGAGAUUCUGAUUUGAUAAAAAAUUGGAUUGAAAAAUCUCAUAAACUUGAAGAAACAAAAUUAUACUCAUGGUUUAAAGAGAGCAUGGAUGAAGGAAAUAUAAAAUUUGAUGAUGAAAACAUUGAAGCUUGGUAUAAACUUAUCUCAGGUACUGCAACUGAUAAUGAAAAUCAAGAUGAAAAUCAAGAUAUAUCCGAAGAUGAUCUCUGGUUUUAA